AUGCCUCCAAAGAAAGUCGUCGAAGAGAAGAAGGUGUUGCUGGGCAGACCUGGUAACAACUUGAAGAGUGGAAUAGUCGGUCUUGCAAAUGUCGGAAAGUCAACACUCUUUCAAGCUAUUACCAAGUGCUCCCUUGGUAACCCCGCAAACUUUCCUUUCGCAACUAUCGAACCCGAAGAAUCUCGUGUUAUUGUACCCGAUGAUAGAUACGACUGGCUUUGCGAUAAAUACAACCCCAAAUCGAGAGUCCCGGCACAUCUUACAAUCUACGAUAUCGCUGGUCUAACUCGAGGUGCAUCGAAGGGUGAAGGUCUCGGAAACGCUUUCUUAUCACAUAUUCGUGCUGUUGAUGCCAUCUUCCAAGUCGUCCGUUGUUUCGAUGAUGCCGAAAUUAUUCACAUCGAAGGAGAUGUUGACCCUGUCCGGGAUUUGACCAUUAUCAGCGAUGAGCUUCGUAUCAAGGAUAUUGAGUUUGUUGAGAAGGCACUCGAGGCCCAGAAGAAAUUGACUCGUAGAGGUGGUCAAUCUCUUGAGAUGAAAAAGCUCAGGGAGGAAGAAGCCAUUAUCGAAAAGGUCUUAGCUAUGCUUAAUGAUGGAAAGGAUGUCCGAAAGGGUAACUGGUCACCAAAAGAGAUCGAGUGCAUCAACCCUCUCUUCCUUUUGACUGCCAAACCAGUCGUCUAUCUCAUUAACUUGAGCGAGAAGGAUUACAUCCGAAAGAAGAACAAGCAUUUGUCCAAGGUCAUGGAAUGGAUCAAAGAGCAUGCAGCUGGCGACCCAAUCAUGCCAAUCUCAAUCUGCCUCGAGGAGAGAUUAACACGAUUUGAUACUGAAGCAGAAGUUAAAGAGGAACUCAAGACCCUUGGUGUUGAAUCCGCUUUACCAAAAAUUGUUACCUCCAUGAGAAAAGUUAUGGACCUUGGAAGUUUCUUCACCACAGGUACAGAUGAAGUCCGUCAAUGGACUAUCAGAAAUGGUACCAAAGCACCACAAGCUGCAGGAGUCAUCCACGGUGACUUCGAAAAGACCUUCAUUCAAGCUAUUGUAUACAACUACAAUGUAUUCAAAGAAUGCAAUGGAGAUGAAGCUGAGAUUAAGGCCAAGGGAAAGCUCAUGACCAAGGGCAAAGAUUAUGUCGUUGAAGAUGGAGAUAUUUUAUUGAUCAAGGCUGGUGCCGCAAAAGCAUAA